AUGACAAAAGUAUUGGGGUACCUGCGUGUGUCUUCCGAGGCCGAUUGCGGGCAUGGCAAAACAAGUCUGCAGAGGCAGGAGCAGGCUAUCAACGGCUAUGUUCACAAGCAAGGGCUUCGCGUGGACAAGUCGUGCCUCUUCUCCGAUAUCGGCGUCUCCGGAACAGCGCCUGUGGAAAGGCGGCUGGGCUUCAUGAAAAUGUUGGAUUAUGCGAGAGCACACAAGAUUGAUCAGGUCAUCUUUGAAGAUGCCUCUAGAUUGGCGCGCUGUGUUGUGGUGCAAGAGCUAGCGCUCCAGCUGCUGCAAGAGUUGAAUAUCACUGCGGUGUCAGUCGCCAAUCCGGAACAUUUUCUACAUGAUGAUGACUCGCCCCAUACCAAACUGGUGCGGCAACUCAUUGGAGCCAUCUCGGAAUUUCACAGGAGCGAGACUGUCACUCGAUUGAGGAAGGGCCGAGAUAUUAACCUCGCUAAGUCCACUAAGUACACUAUGUCUGGCUCUCCCAAGCUGGGUGGCAAGCCGAAUCUCGAAAAAGGUGACCUGGCCAAGAUCCGGCAAAAGCUUUUUGAGAAGGGCAUCUCAACAGCCAAUGGUGAAAUAGUGAGCCACUCUUAG